GAUAUUUGAUGUUUGAAACUCAUCGAGACCUCAAGGGAACAGCCUGGUCGAAAGAAACCAUCCAUUCGGUGGUCAGCAAUCUGAACUCCCGUGGCUUUGAUUGCUACUGGGCUGGCGGCAACGGCAACCUCGCCAGCAUCACCUGGUGCUAUCACACGUCCUUCGAGAAGGUGGGCUGGGGGAACAUCGCCUGUGUGAAACGAGGCGAUGUGUGGUGGCAGGUUAUGGAGAGCUUCGACCCAAACGCUCGCUUCACCAUGUCGCGAGCCAAGCCCCUGGAAGCUCCGACCGAGGAACCGAUGCCCAAGGUGCAGCCAGAGGAGACCACACCGGAGCCUUUCAAUGCGACGGUCAUUGACAGCAAAGCCAUCAACGCAAUGGUGGCGGAAGGCGCCUUUGUCCAACUGCCGGGUGUCCAGAAACGUUGCGCCGAUCCGCGGAACCGGCGCAUCAAGGGAUGCAAAUAUCCACGGGAACGUUGCAAGCUCUCCUAUUGGCACGUCCUUGGUGAGCAGGGCACCAGCUGCCCUGGCACAUCCUGGCUGGAAGAUUUGGUACAAGCGGAUCCCGAUCCCCACAAGGUCAUCGUGAACAUCGGCUGCAACAGCGGCCAGGACUCCAUCGCAUGGCUUCAGCGUUUUGAUCAAAAUCACUUCUGGAACCGGAGGAAGUGGUCCGACGUGCUGCCAGAAUACAAAUCGCCUUGCCGUUUGGAAGCGCACAUCCGGAAGCCGCCGAGGUACAAUUCUUCUGCCACCCCCAUGGCCUUUUGCGUCGACGCCAUGCCCUUCACCGUCCAUGUACUGAAGGAGACACGUCAUCGAGCCAAGUACGAUCCCAAAGACACGGAGAGUGUUGGCAAGUUGAAGAUCCUACAACGAGCAAUCACGGACGUCGCCGGUGCCGGCACCACGAUGGAGUUCCUCAACGCCCCGGUGGGGCACGGUGCAGCGGAGGCGAGAAUUCGGGUGCCGGCUGCCACGGUGGAUGGUCUCGUCGAGACCUUGCACCUUUCCAAAGUGGAUGUUCUCAUCGUGAGUACCGACGGCUCAGACCCGGCUGUUCUUCGCGGGGCACAGAAUACCUUGAGAUCAGUGCGAUAUCUGAUGUUCGAAACCCAUCGCGACCUCCAAAGCACCGACUGGUCCAACCACACGGUCUUCAGUGUUGUGAACGAGCUCAACAACUUUGGUUUCGACUGCUAUUGGGCCGGAAACAACGGAAACCUGUCGAGCAUCACCUCAUGUUACCAAUCCUUCUUUGAGAAAUUGGGAUGGGGCAACAUUGCCUGCGUGAAAAGAGACGACGUGUGGUGGCAAGUUCUUGAGAAACACGAUCCCAACACCUUGGCCUUUGUGACAGCUUGAGGUGAAAAGAGACUGCGUUUGGUGGCAAGUUCUUGAGAAACACGAUCCCAACACCUUGGCCUUUGUGACAGCUUGAGGCUGAGCUCGGCCAUGUUUCAGCCAUCCUUCCCACCUGCGCUUUUGCGACCAGGAGGUCGCGCGUGGGAUGCUUUGGCGCCCAUACCUCCCCUGCGCCUUGG